UCCGGGGCCAGAGCUGAGCAAAUUGGCUGCGUUAGCGAAAUGUUGUGGACUAACUGGCUGUUGGCUGCACUGUGGCAGUUGUGCUGCAUUUGGCCAAGGAUUCCGGCCUUUGACUAUUGUGAUCCUACGCUCUGUCCGGGACCCGAGAAGCACAUUGCCUGCAGUAAUUUUGGUGAACUGGCAGAUACCUGCAGUCCGGAUGCGCAUGUGGUGCGUAUUACGCCAGAUAGACGGAAUAUGAUUCUCAAUGAAAUGAACGAAUACCGUGAUCGGAUCGCAGGCGGUAAUCUAGUGGGUUUCAAUCCGGCCACACGCAUGGCCACGCUCCAAUGGGACCCGGAGCUGGCCAGCUUUGCGGAACUGAAUGUGAAGCGCUGUGCCCUGGUCAAUGAUCAUUGCCGCAACAGCGAUCAUUUUCGCAAUGUCGCCCAGGUGGUGGCCGAGGGCGGCUGGCAGGGUACGCCAAACGAUGGCACGGCAACAAGCGGUCCCACUGAAUACCAUACCGAGGAUGAGGUGAUCAAGGCGACGCUGGAGCAAAUGUUCGGCGAAUACAAGGAGUGCAGCAUGCGUGACAUUAUGGCCUACAGUCCGCCAGCCAACAGAAUUUUGCAUUUCCGUAUUAGCAAGUGCAUCGCGUACUUCACACAACUGGUCAGGGACAGCACCACCCACGUCGGGUGCGGCAUACUCCGUCAGACGCGCAACACCAGCAACAAUGAGGGCCAAUGGGUGCUCAGUACGCAUCAGUAUAUGACCUGUAAUUUUGUCCGGGGCAACGAUGUGAAUGCGCCGGUUUAUCAGAGCGGCGAUAGGGCGGCCAUCGACUGCCGCUCCGGACGGAAUCCGCAAUUCAUCAAUCUGUGCUCCAUCAACGAGAUAUACGAAAAUUAUGGCAUAGUUGGCUUAAGUUUCUACUAAAAGGUCAUACUAUAUUUGAAUAUAUGAUGUAUGUAUAUGAUAUG